AAAGUGAGAAUGCUCUAAUAAGUUACUUGCUAAAUCUCCGGACUCCCGAGGGAAAAACAAGAAAAAAUACGUAUUUAUCCAUUUUGAUCCUAUAUUCAAAACUCAUCAAAAUUUAAAAUAGAUUAAAACAAACAGCGAUUCACCGAUCCAAUAACUCGCCCAUAACUCGUUCCGGAAUACCCAGAAAUUAAUUUUUAGGGCGAGCCCUUUCUCCUUCAUCCCCAAAUCGCUAAACCUUCUGUACAAUUACUCGAUUGCCAACCAGCAAUUAUCCAUUUGCAAACCCUAAUUGACGAGACGAAGGGCAAGGAGAGAUUCUAAGUGAGGAUUUCUUUUUAUUCUUUAUACCGAGAGAGCCGUCAAAAUGGUGAAGACGACGAAGGGAGGCAAAACCAUGAACCCUACCGAUGCAUACCGCAAGGAGCUGCGCAAGAAGGAAUUGAAGCGGAACAAGAAGGAGAGGAAGAAGGUAAGGGAAGUUGGAAUUUUGAAGAAGGAUCCGGACACUCUGAAAGAUCAGAUUCAGAAGCUGGAAGCAAUGAAGGCAGAUGGUGCUCUGGACAAAGCUAGAAAACACAAAAAAAGACAACUCGAAGACACACUCAAUCUUGUGCUCAAAAAGAGGAAGGAAUAUGAAGAAAAGAUGAAGGAAAAAGGUGAAGCACCAGUUAUGUUCAGUCAUUUGGGACCUGUUCGAAGGCGAGCUACUGCAGAAGAGGAAGAAAGAGUCAAACAUCCCAGACCUGAAGACUCAGUUUAUUAUCACCCGACUCUGAAUCCUUCUGGAGCCCCCCCACCUGGAAAACCUCCUAUGUUUAAAUCGUCAAUAGGACCAAGGAUACCUUUACCAGAAAGCUCAGCGAGUAAUGUGGCAUCAUCAUUGCAGUCAGAAACAGAGGAUGGCACUUUACCUGUUCCUCCUCCACCACCUCCUUUGCCUGGUGUGGGCUUAGAUUCUGGAGAAGGCGCUACUUUACCUGUGUCUUUACCUUUGCCGCCUCCUCCCCCAAUGCCUCCAAAUCCAGCAGUGGGAGAUAGUACAUCAUCAUUGCCUCCACCCCCUUUGCCUCCACCACCUCCUCCACCUGGCCCACCGCCUAAGGAGUUACUUGCUGUUCGUCCCCCACUUCCUCCGCCUCCACCAUUCCAGCCAUCCUCCCAACCACCUCCCCCUGGUACUGCUAGUGGCGAGAAUGCAAAUUCAGAAGAUUCAACUUCCAGGCAUCCAGUUCCGAUGCCAACUAGCCUUCCUCCACAGCCUCCACCGAUUGGGAUGCCCCCGAAGUUGGGUGAUACCCAGACUGAAGGCUCAUCUUCUGAGUCUGAGGCAAAAACUCCAAUAGAUCCCAAAGAUCUUCUGAAAAUGGCUCCUCCCCCACCACCGUUAAGGCAACAGGCUCAGAUGCCUGGAGCUGCCAUAGGGUCAAGUUUGCAGCCUGAUGUACUUCCUCCAGGCAUUCGCUUUCCACCACCACCACCACCACCAGCUGAUAUGCGCCCCCCAUUUUCCGCACCUGGAAUACCCGGGCAACCUGGUCACCCUGGACUCAUGGCUCCACUAUUGCCAAGACCACCUUUUGGACCACCUCCCCUUGUACAUCCAUCGAUGAUGAGACCACCUCUUCCACCUGGCCCACCUCCUAUUCCGCAAGACGACUUUAUUGCUCGACAAGCUGUUCCUCAGAAGCCAUCAUACAUUAAAUCAGCUGCAUCCACUGUUGUAAAGAGGCCUCUGGCUCAGCAUACUCCUGAGCUUACAGCUAUGGUUCCUGCAUCGGUACGAGUCAGGAGAGAGUCUGCCCUUCCAAAAGCGAAGCCAAAGACAUCUACCCCUUCAACUACGAACAGGCCAGUCGUGGCAACACCAGUUGCAAAGCAAGAAUCCACAGGCUCAUCGUCUGCAUCAAAGCCACAAAGUAUUGAUGACUCGUAUAUGGCAUUCCUGGAGGACAUGAAAGCACUCGGUGCUCUAGAUAGUUGAACCGAAGAUGUUAUGAAUGCUGGAAUGGUAAGAUGAUUAUGUGAUGAGAGGAAGCAGUGCGAUUCAAGGCUUUUGGUAUGGUUCUGAGCUUCAACUUGGCCAACUAACUGUGCGUUCUCAUAUCAUAUCCCAUCGUGCUUAAAUUUUUUUGCACCUUGUGAUAGCCAUUCCAUUCAAUUGCUAUUGUUAUUAUUAGCCUCAACUGCUUUGUUCUCUUCUCUGAUCGAUAUGAACCUUUAUGUCGUUGCAUGAGUAUCCAGCUGCUAAAUGAAAUGUAUCUAUAGACAUUAACCAUAUCAAAUCAAUUCUAUUAAUUUACUCUC